UCUGUAUCCACGCCCAUUCCUAAUCUCCCUCCCUCUUUCCCUCCCAUUUUCAAAUCACAUCGGUAAGUACAUCUCGCUUUAUGUUAACUUGUUAAUGUCUGCUUGGUCAAGUUGUCGUCGUGUCUCUUUUCUAUCUGCCCCUCCCCCCACGUCCCUGAUCAGGCUGGCUCUGGUCUUUGUGUCUGUUUCUUUCGCCUCCCUCUAAUUCCACUCCCCCUGAUUUGUCUUGCCCGCCGUGUUUCCCCGGCGUGACUACCUUAACCUGACGACUUCCACCCCUCGUUGUCGUCCACCUCUUAUUUCCCCUUCGUCAUACCACUGUCCUGCUCGCUCUCAUAUAUACCUCUUCAGCCCCUCAUCACCCGACCCGUGAUUGAACAGCACGGCACUCCCGCGAUCGUGUUCGCAUUCUUACACUUUGUCCUGUCUGGUCGCAUCUAACAUCCUCCGCCCUCACCAUCUAGAACCCUGAAGAUACACCACCGCCAUCAUGGGUCUCACUUUCUCCAAGAUUUUCGACAGACUAUGGGGACGCAAGGAGAUGCGAAUUCUGAUGGUCGGUCUCGACGCUGCCGGAAAGACCACCAUCUUGUACAAGCUCAAGCUCGGUGAAAUCGUUACCACCAUCCCCACCAUCGGCUUCAACGUCGAGACCGUCGAAUACAAGAACAUUCAGUUCACCGUCUGGGAUGUCGGUGGUCAGGACAAGAUCCGUCCUCUCUGGAGACACUACUUCCAGAACACCCAGGGUAUCAUUUUCGUCGUCGACAGCAACGAUCGGGAUCGUAUUGUCGAGGCCCGCGAAGAGUUGCAGCGCAUGUUGAACGAGGAUGAACUCCGUGACGCCCUGCUCCUGGUCUUCGCCAACAAGCAAGAUUUGCCCAACGCCAUGAGCCCUGCCGAAAUCACCCAGCAGCUCGGUCUGCAAAGUCUCACUCGCCGCCCCUGGUUCAUCCAAUCCACCUGCGCCACGACUGGUGAUGGUCUGUACGAGGGUCUGGAGUGGCUCGCCGAGACGCUGCGGAAAACCAACCGCGAUUAAAUGGAUAUAACGAUUGGAGGUAUACCUGGAAGCGUGUGAUGGGGACAGUUGCGAA